GCCUUUAUAGAUGCGAGACAAGAAGAGGAAGAAAGACACUCAUUACUGAACAGAGCGUCUAUUAAUCUUUACCAUAAUUGGGAACCUUUUCCCUUUCAGGAUCAACAUCCUGGUGGUCCCUCUAGCUCAUGGACCGCUCCACACCACGACCAGAUCCCACAGACUCACUCAACUGCUCCACCUAGGGUGAAAAUAAAGACUCGAGGACGCCACCAGACUGAGCCCCCUGACAUAAUCCAUGAAUUGCCAUCUUCAAGACCUUUGCCACUGAGACAAGAGGAACCGUUACCACCACGCCAUACUCCAAACUCUGCCAGGCCAUUGCUAUUGAGCCCUGAAGAGCAGCGACCUCAACACCGUGGCUACGGAUCUGAACCAAGUCCAUGGGGAACAGCUCCAAGAGAACCAAGUCCAUGGAGAACAGCUCCAACACGACCAGUGCAUCAACCAGGUCCAAAGAGGACCAAACCCAUGACAUUGCCGGCCACAAUAUGCUGUGCAAUUCUCCUGGUCAUCCUGGUUUUCGCCGGUCUCAUCCUCCUCAUAGUCUACCUGGCCAACCGUCCACGCUCACCGUACUUCGACAUCUCAGCAGCAACCCUAAACGCUGCCAAUCUCAACAUGGGCUACGUUCUGAAUGGAGAUCUCGCCAUUGUGGUAAACUUCACAAACCCGAGUAAGAAAAGCAGUGUGGACUUCAGCUACGUGAUGUUCGAGCUCUACUUCUACAACACACUCAUAGCGAGAGAACACAUCGAGCCAUUCAUUGUACCAAAGGGGAUGUCAAUGUUCACGAGCUUCCAUCUCGUCAGCAGUCAGGUGUCGAUCCAGCAAAUUCAGAGCCAGGAGUUGCAGCUGCAGCUCGAAACUGGACCAGUGUUGUUGAACCUGAGAGGAACAUUUCACGCUCGCUCGAACCAUGGGGCGUUAAUGAGAUACUCUUAUUGGUUGCACACACAAUGCAGCAUCUCGUUAAAUACCCCUCCUACAGGGACUAUGCGAGCAAGAAGAUGCAAUACAAAUCGUUAGCGAGUUGCAGCAUUCUGAGUUUCUGACAAACUAUAUUUGCUUCUUUUGUUGAUACAUUUGAUUAUACAUAUAAUAUACUCAAAUAGAUAGUUUAUUGUAUUUUUGUUGUAUGUUUUUUCAUAUUUCCCUGAAACUUUUAGAAAUAAACAAAAUGGCAAAGAGGGAAAAAGCAUUUGAUUUUGUAUUUUGAAUAAUAGAAUUGACAUUUCUGAA